AUGGUCAUGGACGUCGCUCGUACGUCCAUGAUCCAUGCAGCUGCUCCCCAUUUUUUGUGGCCGUUCGCGGUUCAGUACGCGGCGUAUCAGAUCAACCUCCAGCCCCGGGUCUUCGUGCCGGAGACCACACCUACUCUGCGGUGGACGGGGAAGGUUGGCGAUGCGUCCACGUUCCGUGUCUGGGGAUCUCGAGCUUUCGUCCGCGACUUGUCUGCGGACAAGCUGUCCUCCCGUGCUGUUCCCUGCGUCUUCCUUGGCUUCCCCCCUGACGCGCCUGGUUGGCAGUUUUACCACCCCACCUCGCGCCAUGUUCUGUCCUCUCAGGACGUCACGUUUGACGAGUCGGUUCCUUACUACCGUCUCUUCCCCUACCGCACUGCCCCCCUCCCCCCCCCCCGCCGCUCUUCCUCGCGCCAGGUAGACGCAGUCGAGCCUCUCGAGGUAGCUGUUUACUCUGGUGCUGCUGGGGGGGUUGAGCCUGCGGGUGCUGGGUCAGGGGGUGCUGAGCCUGAGCGUGCGGAGCCUAGGGGUGCUGAGUUUAAGGGUGCUGAGUCUGGGGGUGCUGAGCUUGGGGUUGCUGAGUCUGGGGGUGCGGAGCCUGCUCGUGUGGAGUCUGGAGGUGCUGCGCGUGGAGGUCCUUUGGGUGCUUCGUCCCGGCGGGAGCCACUCUCUCCACAGCAGCUGCGCGGGUGGUUUGCUCGGCGCUGGAGCCGUGCUGCUGGAGCUGGUGGUGCUACGGGCGCUGGAGGUUCUACUGCAGCUGGAGCUACUGGAGGUGCUGGAGCUCGCAAUACUGCUGGAGCGGGUGCUGCUGGAGGUACUGGAGCUGGCGCUACUGGAGCUGCUGAGGCUUCUGGUGGUUUUGCUGGAGUUGGAGGUGCUGCUGGAGCCGGUGCUCCUGGGGGUGCUGGGGUUGGCACUACUGGAGCUGCUGGAGGUGCUGCUGGAGCUGGUGGAGUUGGACCUGACCCUGGGGGUGCUGGUGCUGUCCCUUCUGUUUCUGGAGGCACUGCGCGGCCGCGGCCGUACUUCGUUCCACUCCUUGAGCAGGUUCUUGGUCUCCCGCCUUCUACUGGUCCUGCUCCUUCCUUAGAGUGUCCACCGCCUGUCGUGUCGCAGUCCCAGUUACAGCCCGCCUCCCCACUGCCUACUCCUUCUCCUUACACUGGUCCGACAGGAGGUCUUACGGAGCGUCAUGAGCCUGAGUCUCGUCCUGCGUCGCCUAUUCGUGCUGCUCGCACUAGUCGUCGUGGUUCGCGUCAGCGUCCUCCUCCUGUCCCUGGCACGCACCAGAUGGCUCUGCGUCCUUCCAUUGCUCCGCAGCGUGUCCCUCUGCUGUCUCCUCCUGCGUCCUCUCUUCCUGCCGUUGCUGACCUGCCGUCAGACCUUGCUCGUGCUGCCAGUCCUACUGUCACGCAUCUUCUCGCUACUGUUGUCACUGACCCUUCGUUUGAGUCCACUAUUGCGUCUGCCUUGGUUGCUGAGCUUGUCGACUUUGCUGCUCACUGUCGUUUAGACUACGCCGCUAUUCUUGUUGCUGAGUCUGAGUCUGUCUGUCCUCCGUCCGUCAGGGGUGAGUGUGCUCUUAGCACGGACGUCCUUGAGACAUCCCGACCCCGCGCUCUUACGCAGAGGCGAUAG